CAGGCUCACUCUAUUGGUGCCAGGAGAGAGAGACAAUACACAGCCACACAAUUAUUCAGCUGCGGCGUCACUCCGGCUGGGCUUUAUUAGGGGCAUCAUUUUAAUCUUAUCUGUUGCCAUCUGCAAACUGAGACUGACAGGACCGGAGAGGAUUUCUACGUUUCCAAUAGAUUCUGAAUCUUAUCUUGUAUUAUCAGAGAAGAGGAAAUCUCUCCACUUUCACCAGACCUUAUCUCCACAACCAUCUCUAUUGUUUCCACUGGAAUUAGAAGAGGAAGAACAUCGUCAGAUCUUAUCACAAAGUCAACAAGAGAUUUAAAAUUAUAUAGAUCUCUCUCUCUCUCUCUCUCUCUCUCUCUCUCUCUCUCUCUCUCUCUCUCUCUCUCUCUCUCCCUCUCUCUCUCUCUCUCUCUCCCUCUCUCUGGCUAAUUUUAAAGCAUUAUUUUAAUUUUGUUGACUUUUUAAGACCAUGCCAAGAACUGGAAACAAUGUUUAAUUGUAAAAGAAACCAAAGAAACCCCUUGUCUUGAUUUAAGCAUUAUUGUGGGGAUUUCCAUUGAAAGGAACUUCGAGAACCACCUUGAAUCUAUUCCUUAGAGAGAAUAAUUUGGCUAUAUUUGUUACUUAAAACGCUGAAUAUGAUGCUAAGCCCUGACCAGACGGACUCUGACCACCCGUGGGCUCAGUCUGACGCUGAAUCUGUGCUAAAUGAUAUGAAAGUAGGCUGCAUUUCAGACGACCCGGGAGAUGGAGAGGGAAGGAUCAGAACGAUUGCUACACAGAACCUUACCCGGGAAGAGAAGCGCAGGAGACGAAGAGCCACAGCCAAAUACCGUUCGGCACACGCUACGCGGGAGAGGAUCCGCGUGGAGGCUUUCAACGUGGCAUUUGCAGAAUUGAGAAAAUUACUGCCGACCCUUCCCCCUGACAAGAAGCUGUCAAAAAUUGAAAUCCUCAGGCUGGCAAUCUGCUACAUCUCUUAUCUCAACCAUGUUCUGGACGUGUAGAGAGGAAUGGUAUAGAAUACAUAUAUUUUAAAGGUGGGAAUAUCGCAAAACCUUAAGAUUUAUUUUAGAAGAAAAAUGCGUUUGACUCCUGCAGUAGGCCUAUGCAGUGUGGAACUUAAAGAAACCGAAGAAGAACGACAAAUACAUCCCCGGCCAUUGCAAAUGAUUCUUUUCUGUGGGGUUUCUUAUGUUGACAAACGAAAACAUGAAAUAAAAUGAAACACGCAUAUAAUGCAAUAAGAAAAAAAAGGAAAAAAAAACACAGAAAUAAUCUUGUUUAACUUGAACACAGUAAUUCUUUGCAGGCUGUCAAAUGCAACUUGAACUUGUCGCAUAUACUGUUUUAUGUUUGUGACCUUAAUAUUAUAUUUAAUGGGGGGAGGGGGAGAAUCUGGCAAAGAUCCAUAAAGGGGAAAAAAACAAAAAGAAACAUCAGAUAUUUUCCAAGCUAAGUGCCACUUCUUUCCAAAAACAUAAAUUUGUGACCUUAAUAUUUUAUAUUUUAUUUCUGUUAUUUAUUUAUUUAAUGUAUUAUUUAUUUAUUUAUUUAUUUAUUUAUAGUUGUGUCUUGUUGUGCUGGUAUUUAAAAAAUAAUAAUUUGUGCCAAUAUGUUUUUACAGUCCAUUGUUUACAUUUUUAAAUGUCUAUUGCAUAAUUAUUUAUAUUUUUAGUCCGUGUUUUUUGGGGUAUAAAAGUGAUAUUUUGCUCUUCUAUUGCACUUGUAAGUGGUCCGUUUCUGUUUAAGAUAUUUUGUAAAUUGAAUUGUCUCUUAAGGAAUUAUUUUCUUCUACGAUUAGCACUUCACUUUGGGCAGAACCCUUAGAAUACUUGUUGAUAUCAGCAGUGUCUGGAAAUGUAGUUUUUAUUGCAAACGUUUUAAGGUUUCUUGGAAUUUAAUGACAUUUUCAGCAUGUUUUGAAAAGGGUGUGCAUACCAUAUGUAUGUCAUUUAAUCACCACCUUUAAAUUGUCCAAAAAGUGGUAACAAAUUUAGAUUUUUAUUUGGCUCUUUUAAAAUAAAUAAAUAAGAAUCCUAAAUAAAUAAAUAAAUAAAUUGCGACUUAUUUAUUUAAUAUAUGCCACUUUGAAAAACACGCGUGUCAUGUUAAAGAAAAAUUCCAGGCAGCCUUUGUUUUGCUGCGACCAAAAAUAGGAGUUUUCAAAUGUUAUUUGUAUUUAUGUGUUUAUUUAUUGUCGGCGUCUCUGAUGUGAACCUCUUAACACAAUAACUGAUUUUUAUAUAGGAAAAAAACGACAUAUCUGCUAGCCAAAGAUUUUUUUGUCUUCAGGGGUUUUACUGUGUCUUCGUUGCUUUAUAGCACAUGAUAUUUUGUAGUGAGGUAGCUAUAUUAAGCUGGUUUCUAAUGAACACAGUUUUUCAUAUCCUUAAUGGCGAGCUGUUUUGAAAAUAAAUAUAUAAAAAAAUA